GUGAAGUGAGUGAAACAGCGCUAAAGAGCUAACCGCACAGAGCCAGGUAGGUGCUGUGAUGGAGGACACGCCUGCGGGGAAGCCUAGAGGGCGGCUGCUGGGAAGCUCCACAGAGGAAAGCCGGCUGGACAGAGAAGGGGUGGGAAUGCUCCAGGCUGAAGCAGGGCCUGCGCUCAGGCCUGGAGGCACGGAGAGCUGAGCCUGGUAGAGCAGAGAGGCCUGGAGGAGGUGCAGCCUCUGACCUCACAAUACCCAGGCCCAUGGGCCAGCCUUGCAACUUGCAAACUCUAGUGCCCUCUUCCAGCCCGGGUGAGGCCCCGGGCCCUGGGCAGCCUCCAGGUGCAGCGCCCUGCUGACAGCCGCACCCUUCCCGCUGCCCUGGGGCAUGUCUCUACUCACCAAUUACGAGGGGCUUCGCCAUCAGAUCGAGAGGCUGGUGCGGGAAAAUGAGGAACUGAAGAAGCUGGUGCGGCUCCUUCGGGAGAAUCACGAGCUCAAGUCGGCGAUCAAGAUGCAGGCGGGUGGCCUGGGCAUCAGCGGGUUCAGCAGCAGGCUGGGCGAGGCAGCGACCGACCCUCCUCAACACCAGGGUAACUGUGUCUUCCCGCCCCCGGCCCCGGCAGCAGCAAACGAACCCGUCCUGGAAGAAGGGAUGGCGGCUCUGGUGCCCCUGGCCGACACGCUAGACAGCCCGCAGCCCAGCCCCGCGGCAGGCCCCGUCGUGAGCGCCCGGAUGGGCCCUCUCAACACGCUGCUGCCCGGCCUGGGGCCCAUCUCACAGAGCAGCCCACUCUCCAGCCUCCUGACUGGCCCCCUGAGCGACCACCUGGCCAGCCCCGUGGCAGUGCCCCUGGCGAGCACACCGGCCAGCUCCCUGGGCCUGCCCUCGACUGGCCCCCUGACUCCCAGCAGCCCCCUGACAGGCCCCCGAGCUGUGCCUCAGAGCAGCCCCCUUAUGGACGCUGUAACAGGUUCGGUGGCCCUCUCUCUGAGCAGCCCCCUGCUCACCUCCGCGGCUGCCCCCCUAGGUGUCUCUCAGAACCUUCCGGCCAAUCCCGUGAGCAGUCUGGUGCUGUUGGAGGCCCCAAGGGUGUGGCUGGCAGAGCCGCUGCAAGGAUGCCCCUCUGGACCCCAUCCCUCAGCGGGUGGGGGGCCUGCUGCCACCGCAGAAGCCCCGCCCUCCGCUGAGCACCCCCAGCCUGCCCAGGAGCCUGAGCCCCUCAGCAUGACGUCUGUGGGUGCGCCCAUGCAGACCUCCACGCCCGUCGGUCCCAUGGGCACACCCAGCCCCGCGACAGCCUUCUCCUACAGCACCCCAGACGCCCGGACACAGCCUGGUGGCCCCCAGGGACAAGCGGUCUCUGACUCUGUCCCUGCCUCGGCCACCUCCUACAACAUCACCAUCCUCGCCUCUGCCCUCACUCCCGCUCCCCAAGCUGCCACCAGCUAUAGGCCCUCAAGCACCCCACACCCCUUUGCCCGCACGCACCGCUCCCCGACCCGGCUCUCGCCCACCCUCCACUCCCCUGCACACAACCCCCACUCCCAGCCUCGAGCCUCGUCCUCACCGGCUUCAGUUAACGACACCCGAGGUCCACGCGUGGCAGAGCCGUCUCGGAAAAGCACCCUGCAGUUGGAGCGGAAGCUAGCCCACCGGAAGACCGGCAAGUUCCCUGACAGCUCCCGACAGUCGAAGCAGCUGGCCUCGGAGAGGCUGGUGGGGGAGAUCGCCUUCCAGCUGGACCGCAGGAUCCUGUCCAGCAUCUUCCCCGAGCGUGUCCGGCUCUACGGCUUCACGGUCUCCAACAUUCCGGAGAAGAUCAUUCAGGCCUCCCUGAACCCCAGUGACCACAAGCUGGAUGAGGAGCUGUGCCAGACACUCACACAGCGCUACACGAGCAUCAUGAACCGGCUGCAGAGCCUGGGCUACGACGGGCGGGUGCACCCGGCACUGACCGAGCAGCUGGUGAACGCCUAUGGCAUCCUGCGGGAGCGGCCCGAGCUGGCCGCGUCCAAGGGCGUCUCCUACACUGUGGAUUUCCUGCAGCGCGUGCUGGUGGAGACCGUGCACCCCAGCAUGCUCGCCGAUGCGCUGCUGCUGCUGUCCUGCCUCAGCCAGCUGGCGCACGACGACGGCAAGCCCAUGUUCAUCUGGUGAUGCUGGCUCGCUGUGGCCCGCACCUGGGUGCACAGCCAUUAAAGCUCGCCUCGGACGCUGGGCCUGCGCUGGUACUCCUGGGUGGUGCUGCCUCCUCUGGGGGGCUCGCCAGCGCCCCCUCCCCAGCUCCCCUUCAGUCCCGCCUACCCUGUAGGUUCACGUCCCUUCCGGGGCCCCUGGGGAGAGCCCCAAGACCAAAGCUCAGCAGCUGUGUUACCAAGGGGGAUGUUCCAAAGGCCCCAAAGCUGGCCUGGCAGUGGGAGCACAGGAGCCCCUGAGACCUGGAGGGGGAAGAGCCGGAAGGAGCCCAGCUGGCAGGCAAGGGUCGUGGUGUGCCAGCAGGCCUGGUGACGGGCAUGGAACUGAGGCCUGGGCACAGAGCAGGAGGCAGAGGCGACGUCAAGAGAAGGAUGUGGGCGUGGGAGCGCCUCCCUCUGCACGAGGCGGCAACAAGUGCUUCUGGAACCUCACGGAGGGCAGGAGGACGUUAAAGGGAGGGGAGCCAGGAGGAACCUGGGCACCGCGCAGCCCAGGGAGACGGGGUCCCUGCCAAAGGCCCCGCAGGAAGGGACCGGACUGGGAGAGUCAGAGCCGGCGAGGGCAGAUCCCACCUACUGCAGGGGCAGAGCUGAGGUGCACAGGCCAAUGGAAAGCCGAACAGAGCAGGGGAGAGCAGGAGUGGGGAUGGGGUGGGGUGGGAUUCCUGGAGGUGACCUAGAGACUCGGAGCGGGAAGGGCUCAGGGAGAGUGCGGGAUGCAGAGGGGUGCAGGCCAGGAUGCUGGUCCCUUCAGGACGUGCGUGAGGAGAGGAGAG